AUGGGGAAGAAAUCAGCGGGGCUUAAAAAGAAAGCCGGCGGUGGAAAAAAGGCUCACUUGCCUGCUUUCCAGAAGGGGUCGUCGAGCACGAACCCCGACCGCAAGCUUCCCAACAACAAGAAAAAAGGAUUUUACCGCUCCAAGAGUACGAUCAAGCUCCUGAAUCUGUACAAGAGCAGGCCACAGCAGGACAAAGAGCCUCAGCCGACGGCGCCCGCGCGCAUCCAGCCCGAUCGGCGCUGGUUCGGAAACACGCGCGUCAUUGACCAGACCAAGCUCGCCGCCUUCCGCGAGGCCCUUAGUGAGGCAGACAGCAAUCCGUACAGCGUCGUUUUGCGCCGCUCCAAGCUCCCCCUGUCUCUGCUGGCGCCGUCCGCGCCGGGGAAGACUGAACACGUUGACGAUCUGAAACAGGAGGGCGAGAUCGGCCUGCCGUCGCCGAAGCCGCGCGGCACCGCGGUCCUCUCGCUGCAGUCCUUCACAGAUGUUUUCGCCGGCAAACGCAUGCGCAAGCGCCCGCAACUCUUCGCGAGCGACCUCGGGGAGCUCGCGAAACAGGCUGAGCAGCGGCAGGCGUCCUACGCGGAGGAUCGGCAGCGACCUGCGGGAGACGACGAGGGCGAGGAGGGCGACGCGGCGAAGCCUGGUUUGGGCGACGACGACCUCUUCAGUCGCGAAGAAGAGGGUACCGGAUACGUGCCUUCUGAAGACAUCUUCAAAAAAGGAACUUCGCGACGCAUCUGGGGGGAGCUUUACAAAGUCAUCGAUGCGUCAGACGUCAUCGUGCAAGUCGUCGACGCGCGAGACCCAAUCGGCACGCGGUGCUUCCGCGUGGAGAAGUAUCUUCGCAACCACAAACAGUCCAAGCACAUGGUCCUGGUUCUCAACAAGAUCGAUCUCAUUCCUCCUGCAGUUGCCCGCAUCUGGGUCAGACGCUUCUCGAAGGAGAUUCCGACGCUGCCGUUCCAAGCCAAGAAGCAAGAGAAGGCUGCAGGUCGGCUUCAGCUCUUCCAGCUGCUGCGGCAGUACGUGCAGCUGAUGAGCGACCGCAAGCACGUCUCAGUCGGCUUCAUCGGCUACCCGAAUGUAGGCAAGAGCUCCGUGAUCAACGCCCUCCGCAGCAAGCAAGUCUGCCGCGCGGCGCCCAUCCCGGGACAAACUCGGGUGUGGCAAUACGUCGCGCUGACGAAGCGGCUGUACCUGAUUGACUGCCCGGGAAUUGUGCCGGCUAGCGCGGCGAUUUCCGACUCCCUCAGGGUGAUUCGCGGAGUCGUGCGCCCCGAGCGAAUUCAGUGCCCUGAAGAUCACAUCGAUGAAGUUCUUAAGCGCGUACAGCAGGACAGCAUUCGCGCGAGAUACGACAUUCCGGAUAAGUGCACGUGGAACGACUCUGAGGAAUUUCUUACUAUUCUCGCGAAGAAGAAAGGAAAGCUGCGCAAGGGCGGAGAGCCCGAUAUUUCCACCGCUGCUCGCAUCGUGCUCUACGACCUGCAGCGCGGACGCCUCCCCUACUACGUGCCGCCGCCGGCCGACGCGAACACGCCUUCUGAGGACGAAGCCGAGGAGGCGGUUGAGAGCACUGGCCCCACGCGUGCGCGAGCAGACGGCGAGAAUGAAGAAGAGGACGAAGAGGAAAACGAAUGGGACGGUGAGGAAGAAGCGGCGCCUGCAGCCGGCAAGCGGAGACGAAAAGCGAGUGAGAAAGAGAAGGGCGAGGCUGCGAAAGCCGAGGAGGAGGGCGCAGAGCUCCGGCGAGCGAAGAAGAAAGCAGUCGAGCAGGCCGAGGCGUCCAGCAAGGAAGGAGCGAAGAAAGGUCAAGCCGGAGGCAAGCGGAAGAAAACGAAGGGCGCCGCGCAGAAGAGCGACAUCGACGCCGCCAAGACCCUCGCAGAUGAAUUCGAGGCUUAA